AAACAUUUCGAAGAUUGAGUAUCCUGAAAGGUGUUGCUUUUUUUCCAGUCCUGAGAGUUCCAGUUUGUCUUAAAGUCUGAAGACCUCAGCCACCUUCAGGCCCUCCAGCACCUAUCCCAGCACAGGAAUGCUCUCAGUAUUGCUCACCGUGGGCUUUCUCUGCACAGCCACUGCCAUUGCUGAAGUAAUGGAAGUGAGUCAGCCAGCAAUGGUGCUAGCCAACAGGCAAGGAGUGGCCAGCCUGGUGUGUAAGUACAAGCACAUCGGGAACGCCAAGGAAAUCCGCGUGACCCUGCUGAAGAAGACGGGUGACCGGCUGACUGAAAUCUGUGCUUCAACCUACACAGUGGAAUUCAAACUGUUCAGUGUGGAAGAAGUCACCCAGUGCCACGUUAGCCCCAGCCGGAACAACGUGACCCUCACCCUGACUGGCCUGCAGGCUAAUGAUACUGGUCUUUACAUCUGCAAGAUGGAGCGGAUGUACCCCCCGCCCUACUUCAUGAACAAGGGAAAGGGGACCCAGCUCUACGUCAUGGAUCCAGAACCUUGUCCAGAGACUGCUAUAUAUCUCUGGGUAUUAGGAGCUACUGCCUCAGGAUUUUUUCUUUACAGUGUCAUCACCUCAGCCAUUCUCGUGGGCAAAGCGAUAAAGAGAAGACGAUGUCUCACUACUGGGGUCUAUGUGAAAAUGCCUUCUGAAAAGCUAGAGAAAAAAGUGAUUCCAUUCCACAUCACUGUUAAUUGAAACAAAGAGAGAGAGAAACUGUUUCCUAGCUGGGAUGGAGAGUCUGCUAACUCACUUAAGUUAAAGAAAUAAAAUUAAUUGUCUUAUUCCAAAGGUGUACAGGAAGGAGAGAGAAUAUUCUUUGUAACUUCUACGGUUUGGAGGAGAAUAAAUAGUUUAUGCAUUAAUAUUUCAAGGUUAACCCUGUCACACAAAAAUGGCUCCAUUAGGCCAUUGGUUCUUUGAGUUGUAUUGUACCAAUAUGUAGUCUCUCACUAUAUACAUAUGUAUGUAUGGCAUUAAGAGCUAUUGCUGUUGCAGCUGAGCACGUUAUUGACAAAUUUUACCAUGUCUACUGAUCAAUUGAAAUCCAAACACUAUUAUGACAGAGGCUUGUGUGUCAUUCCAAGGCUAAUCCUGCGGGUUGUGGGGGGCAAAGACAGAAGAGCACACUAAUGUACAAAGGGAGGUUGACUUGCUUUCCCUGCAUUGCUGUUGAUCAGUCUCAUUUCUGGCAUUAGUGCUCUGUGCUUCCACAGGGGCAGCACCGUAGGCUGGCACUGAUGACACUGCUGCUCUCAAAGCCUGGUGCCAGCACCCCUCGCUGGCAUGGUGGCCUGUGCUGGAGUUAACACUGAUAAUCCCUGAGCCAGUGCUGACAGCUCGGUCGGAGACAGAGGCUGCCCAGCAGGAGCCUUCUCAGGCUGUUGCUGGGAGGAUGUUCCAGCUCUGCUGGGGCUUUGCGUUUUACAAAUGCUAAAUUAGCAUCUAUCCAAAAGGCAGAAGUAAGUUGCUGUGUUUAAAUGAGUCUAUUUUCCAUGAAAAUACCAUGAGUGUAUAAUCUUGUUUAUUAGUUGUGUACCAUUCAAUAAAAACCUUGAAGCUUUGCCCAAA